AUGUAAAAUAAAUUUUUGAAUCACAUAACACAUUUAGUGAGUGAAAAUUCUGAGAAAUCAGAAUCUCAUUGGUUAUUAAUAACAUUAAUGAUAUUAGGUAGUUUAGUGUUGAUAGCUGGAUUAAUUUACGGCUAUAUAAAAUAUAGAUAAUAUAAGGUAUAUUAAGAAUAUUCGCAAAGACCUGAGGAUGGGAUUCCAAAAGAGAAAAUAGGAUUUACACAACGUAAUAAAUUUCGAUUUUGGAAAUUGUAUGAGAAUAAAGAUGAGCCGAAUGUACUAGUGAAGUAACAGCAAAAAGAAAGUAUAUAAGAAGAAGCGAACUUCAGAUUAUUACGGUUAGUACAUAGAGUUGAGAUUCGUGUGUAAGCCUGGAGAUAUUUUGACAGUUAGAGGAGAGAAACCAAUAACAAGAGAUGUUACAUCAUAUUUUGAGAUUGAGAUAGAAGAUAAUCCAAGAAAUUCAGAUGUUACAAUAGGAUUUUGUUCAUCUAAGGAAUUUCAAAAUUAACUAUCUUUAGGCCGUUCAUAAACAAGUGUAGGUUUUCAUUCUUAGAGUGGAAAAGUAUUUUGGAGGAACAAUUUACAUUAAGAUCAUAAAUUUUAAUCAGUUUAUGGAGAAACAAUAGGAAUUGGUAUUAGAUAGAAAGAUGGAAGAGUUUGGUUGAGUUAUAAUGGAAAAUUCUUGAAUCCACCACCUCCAAGUGAAGGAAAAAGUUAAGAAGAUAUGGAAAAAGAAAAAAAGAAAGAAGAUGAAGAUAGUGAAAUUGAUAUUGGUGAAUAAUUUGUCUUUAUAUCUUAUAGAAUUAAAUAAGAAAAAUUAGGAGAUUGAAGAAACUAGAAAAGCAUUGAUUUUAAGUAUGGGAUAGAAUUUAGAAUUGUAUCCAUCUAUUAGUGUCAAUGGACCUUGUAAAAUCAAUCUUAAUGUUGGAGGAAUGCAAUUUAGAAUGAACCAAAAAGAAUUGAAAUAAGGAUUAUUGCAUUGA